UAGACCUGCACACACUCAUCAUGUUCACUUAUUGUUGGUCCAGAAGUUGGCCAUUACACGACGUGUCAUGGGAGUGUGGAGUGCUUGCUGAAGGGACCCUAGUUGACUGGGCAAAUUUUCAUAGAGAUGUGUGUCAGCAAUAUCUGCGAGAUAAUCGCCAACAAAUUGGCGGUAUCCAAAUAAAUGAAGAUGGUGAGCCCGAACCUGCCGAGGUUGAAAUAGACGAAAGUCUCAUUACUAAGGCUAAAUAUAACCGUGGGCGUUGGCCGCAAACACGAUGAAUUUUCGGCGGCGUCGACAGGAAAACGGGGGAUUGUUUUUUAAUUGAGGUGCCCAAUCGAACUCGAGAAACAUUGGAGGCGGCUAUUGUCGAAAAUAUCAGACCAGUUGUGUAUUUCAAUGAUUUGUGUCGUUGCUGCUCUUGGUAUGAACUCGUCCAAUUCCCAUGAGUAAGGUCCGAGUCUACAAUUAGACCAUUAAUUUCCUUCGAUCAGUUGUACAUUGUCCAUGCACCAAUAAACCUCUUCCAACCAUUAUCCCAGUUUCCGCGUCGCUCAAUAGAUAUGGCACAUGGCGCAGUGGUGGUAAACAUCUAGUUAAACGGUGUAAACGAACUUGCGGAUUCUGAGGACAACCGUUGUGUGUUGGUGGAAUGACGUUGGAGAUGGAUCCUAAGGCCGAGCCCGAAUCUCUUCAGAGAUUGAAGCGAAAACGUGGUCAAUUCCGGUUUCGAGCCCGUGAGGCGUUUGCAGCCCUGAAGUCUCGUGUGGAGGUUUUCCGUUCUGUGGAUGUGGCCUCAGUUGAGCUUUGGCAGAUACCGUGCCUUGAGGAGGAGUUACAAUCCGUAGAAACCCGCGUCGAGGCUUUUUCGGAGUCUCAUGUAAAGGUCCAGUGUGCUGGUGGAGAUGUCUCUGGUAUGGAAGGCGAGGAAGAUGAGGAUACUUUGGUUGUUCACGAAUUUCAACGUGGUCUGUUAUCGAUUGAACAAGAAGUUCGUACUUUCCGUCACCAAUGCGAGGCUUUGUUUUCCAAUCAUGCCACUCGUGUGGGCCUCGGUUCGUCUGAAUCGCACUCAGCAUAUCGUAUUAAUACGUCGUUGAGACCCGACCCGUUGACCUUUGAUGUCACGUUGGCCGCUUUUCAUGUGUGGAAGCAAAAGUUUCAUGACUUUUACAUGUCCAAUGGAAUGGAUUUAUUUUCUGUGCGAGAGCAACGUGCUCAGUUACGUGGAUGUAUGGAUGUGGCUAUGGUUCAAACCAUCUCGCAAUAUAUGGAUGUGUCUGAUGAGGAACCCGUCUUUGAGGUGCUGGAUAAGAUCCAAACUCACACGCCGUCGAGUUUUUAG